CGAAAUGGUGAAAUCAAACAGAGAUACCUGAAGCUGGCAUGAGUUUAUAGUGAUCUCUUUAUAUCCUGCUGUUGUCAAUUACCGAGAUUACCGAGUGUGAGAGAGUGAAACCAAUAAUAGCCUCAGUGAUCAGACUACCCCCCGGCUAUUCUCUGAGCUCAGCUACCUGGAUGGAGACAUUUGGCAGCGGUUAGCUUAUUAAAACACUUCGAAGUGAACAAAGCAGCGAUGAGCCGACAAGUUUUUAACGGGACAUCUUCAUCGCUGAACUUCUCCACAAGAAUUACAGGCAAUGGCUGUUCACACACAAAUCUUAGAGAGGAUGACUGGGACACGCUGCGUUUUGAGCUAACAAAGACGGAGGAUGAGAUUCAGACAUUGAGGCAAGUGCUUUUGGCAAAAGAGAAGUAUGCAGCAGACAUCAGGAGGCAGCUGGGGAUGAGUCCGCUCAGUAACGUGAAGCAGAAUCUCUCCAAAGGUUGGCAGGAAGUCCAGACCUCAGCUCCAUAUCUCACAGCCUCUGCCACUCUGGAGGAUAUCAGCAACUCCAGCGUAUACGUGAGGACACGAGACGGUCUGUCUCAAGCCGGCCAGGUGACAUCUGCUGCUCUGUCCAACGUGGGCGUGGCCAUCACCAGAAGGCUGGCGCAGAUGAGAGCCUUGCCUCUUCCCAGCCCGCCACGGACCCUGAGCCAUACCAUUAGUGUGCCAUCUAUGAGGCAUUCAUCCACAUUCAAGUCUAUUGAAGAACUUGUUGGCAGUGUGAAGUUAUUUCUGAAUUAAAAGGAUAAAGUGACUGGAGGCGUGUCAAACAGUGAAGAGGCGUCUGGAUUUGAAAGAAGAUCCUCACGCAACCAAACCUGAGAUGAAUUGAUUUUAUUAAAAUCACAAAAAUUUCUCAAAGUAAAAAAAAAAAAAAGAGAGAAUUCUCUCCCUCAUCAAUAUGCAUGUUUGUUUUUUUCAGUUUCUUUGUUGAUGCAGAUUAAGAAAUUGAAUGUACAAUACAAGUUGUCUAAGUAAAAUAAUUUAGAUGUAUUUAAACCUUUGAAUGUUUUAAAAUGUGUUCAUUUUAAUAUGCUGGUUAUUUUUGACAUGCUUGUAUCUCCAUAUUCUGAAAUCAGAUGUACUACAAGGUAUUUUUGUAAUGUCAGAUUUUUCAAGUAAAGGCUUUAGAAUACA